AUGAAACUGAGGCACGGGUCUUUUCUGUGGUACCUUUACCUGGACAAAAUCUACUGCUUGUUGUCUUUGAGAAACGUGAAGGCCUUGAUGGAGUACUUUCACCUUCUGGAUGCUCAUCACAGGAACACUUUGAAUGAUGUGCUGUUCUUUCAUUUCCUCCAACACGUGACUAACCUGAAAGGCACACAGAUCAAGAUUAUAUUUGACAUGCUGGACUGGGCGGCUAUCGGAGAGAUUGGUUUUGACCAGUUCUAUGUGUUGGUUUGCAUACUGCUGUCACAUGAGAACCAUCUGGAAGAUCAAUUUAUGUACCGCCAUGCCCGGCCAGUUUUUGACCUGCUAGAUUUGGAUGGGGAGUUGCAAAUAGGUGCAGAAAACUUUGAAAUGUACAGAUUUCUCUUCAAUAUUAAAAAGCAGGAACUCCGAGACCUUUUCCGUGACUUUGACAUCACAGGUGACCGACUGCUUAACUACAAGGAAUUUAAGCUGUAUACAAUCUUCUGCACUGACAAAUCCAUAGACAGGAAGAAAAGGAGAAAAGAAAGACAGGAAGAGAGAGAGAGAGAGAAAGAGAAAGGGAAAGAUAAAGAUAAGUAUUAUCACCUAAAGAAGAUGUAUUCAUCUGGGCUGAGCCAGAGGAGUCUCCUAUGA